AUGGUACCUCCUUCCCCCACUCAGGUAAAUCCAAUAGCUGAGAAGAUGAACGCCAUCCUUGAUGGACAUGCUGCUCAUUUGUUGGAAGAAUACUGCAUCAGAGAUUUAGGUUUCUUCAUGACCGCUUUGGAGCUUGACGUAUCGCGAGUUUUGUCAGCAACUACACGAAAGCCAGUGCUGGAUUUUCCUCUCGCUCUUACUCGUUUACAUUCCCAGUUUUCAUGGCCUUAUCCAGUAGCAAGCAAGAAAGUUGUGGAUCAGUUGGAGAAGAAGUUUGGCUCUAUGCGCGCUAGUCAAAGUGCCAUGUCGUUAAACGGUGGGUUCUUGCGAGUGUUAAGUAAAGUUCAAUGGUAUAGCGCUUCAUAAGU